AUGAGCUCCGUCGGAGCGGUAUCAGCGGCCCUUUCUGGCCGCGGAAGCAGAAACGCUGACUCUGCAUCGCAGGACUACGAAGUGAUAAUGCCUACGCUGCCUACUGGCUCGUCUGUCCAGAACACGAUUUUUUUACACGCCGAUGUGCGAGCCCGGCCCUACCGCCUGGAACAUUUCCGAGACGCCUUGGCCCGUGCGGCACUUCUCCCUGAAGUGCUCGCCUUGGGGGUGUACCAGUACAACCACGUGUGGGCUGUUACCUUCAGGAGCGCCGAGGGCAAGAAGAAGUUGCUCGCAGCCGACGGCUUCACAGUCAAGGAAGGCCGCUGCGUCGUGGUGGACCCGAAUAACCAGGACACGCGACUCAAGCUCCACUGGCUGCUCCACCACGUCCAAGAUGAAGAAGUGCGUGUGGCCCUGGCGCCCUUUGGGAGGGUGACGGGGGUCACAAGAGACCAGUGGCACGUGCCAGGCUGUAUGGACAUGGGGUCGACGACACGCUCGGUGACCCUCAAGAUGGCAGCCGGCGUCACGGUGGAGGACAUCCCUCAGCAGCUGCGCAUCGCUGGUGACCUGGUGUUGGUGGUGGUGCCGGGCAGGGCGCCGCUUUGCCUUCGGUGUAAGGGCAAGGGCCAUAUACGCCGGGAGUGCAGAGUACCACGCUGUGCAUCCUGCAGACAUUUCGGCCACAGUGAGAGCCAAUGCGUCCUCACUUACGCGAGCGUCGCAGGGCCCGUGAGAAACGACGAUAUUUCGGAGCACCUCAUGGACGUGGCUGACGCCGAGGAAGCUGCCAGCGGAGGAGCGAGUCAGCUACCCGAGCAGGCACCAACAACCCUUGGCCCUUUGGGGAGCAGUGACGAAAGCCGAAGCGACGGUGACCGCGGUAGGCUACCUGCCGGGACGUCGGCGGGCGGUGCGCCGAGUGUGGAAAACGUCGGCUUGGCGAAGUCUUCAGCUAUCGAGACGCCGCAUACUGACAAGGUUGAACCUAAGGACGUCGAGACGGAGGUCCCCAUGGCCCCGGUCCCCAAGCGGGCCCGUGAACUUAUUGAAAAAGUCAGCCAGAACUCCGGAGCGGCUGCCCCCGAUGAGCCGCCCCCAAAGGCUCCUCUGACGCGGCGGUCAAGCCUGAGACCCAAGCCCAACAUACCACCGGACCGAAGUCCGAUGGUGACGCUGCCCAUGCAGUAGUGAGGCCUCGCGCUCUGCAAGGCACUCGGAACUCUAGAGGGACGUAAACACGACGUGGCCGAAACGGAGACCUCCUGUAGCGCCUUGGACUUUUCGGCUGGCGAAAAUGGCCGGCCAGCGCUUCGGGACAGUGAGUCGUUAGGCGCCUCUCAAAGAGCCGAGGUUAGCACCAAGCAGCUCCGUUCUACUCGCUCAGAAAGGGCAGGUAAUCUCGAUACAGCCCUACGUGUCGCCACGCUGAAUGUACGGGGCUUGGCGGCCAGGCGCAGGCAGUACCAACUUAGCCGCCUUUUUCUGGAUAACGACCUUGACGUAGUGGCUGUGCAAGAGACGAAAGUAGAGAGCGAAGAGCAAACGAGCCGUAUGCUUCAGCCUUUCAGCGCUCGCUAUA